GCAAAGCUGAUACGCUCUACGUACUUAGUCCCUGUUGCUAAGCACGCCUUCCCCUGACGGGGCCUUAGAUGCCGCGGUGAAGCCAUGUGCGAUAACUGGCAGGCAACCAUUGACACCCUGCAGGGUGCAAGCCCUGUUUUUGACAAGCCUAAGCUGUCUCAGAAGCUGUUGGAGAAGCCUCCUUUUCGCUUCCUUCACGAUGUGGUCACUGCGGUGCAACAAGCGACUGGCUUUGCGCCAGGGCUGUAUCAAGGAGACGAGCUGGACGGCAAGGCCAUUCAGGAGAAGGAUGCCAAGGUAGCGUACCUGAAGAAAAUCAUCGAGGUGGUCAGCAUGGUGCUGGGGGAGCAAUGCCCCGCUCGGCCCAACAAGAUCGUGGCUGGCCUGGAGCCGGAGAACACAAACAUCUUUCUGCAGAUGCUGGGGCGGGCGUGCCAGAAGGGUAACGGCGCGAAAGCAGUCCAGAAAGUACUAGGCGGUGGGGGUGCUGAGCCCGCGCCGGCCAAGGAGGAGGCCCCGCCGCCGGAGAAGAAGCCCGAGAAGAAGGAGAAGAAGGAGGAGAAGCCGGCAGAGAAGAGCAGGGCCGAGGCGUCGCCAGCGCGGAAAAAGGCCGCGGAGCCGGAGGCAGAAAAGAAGUCAUCGAGCAAGAGCUCGUCUAGGACGAAGGAGGAGCCGCCGGCUAAGGCGCCGGCGAAGAAGAAGGAGGAGCCGGCGCCGGAGAAGCCGUCCAAGUCAAAGGCCGCGCCCGCAGCUGAGGAAGCGCCGCCGCCGCCGCCGCCGCCUGCCGCGGAGCCGCCCGCUCGCUCCGCGUCGCCUGGAGGCGAGGACCCGCUCAACAAGAGCGGCAGUGCCGCGCCCAAGUUCCAGCGGCCCACGUCCGCGAGGAAGGCGCCGCCUCGCGUGCCCCAGCCGCAGCAGCCAACAAUGCUGGCGGGCACGGGCAUUCGCCCCGGCACCGCGACCCGGCGACCCAACGAGCCCAAGCCCACGGACAGCAAGGUUACCAAGCCCGUGGCGGUGUUCACGGACAACGCCAAGGACAACAGCGACGACGAAGUGGAGGUGGUGCACGAGCAGACGCCGGUGCUGUCGGGCGGCGCCAACAUGACGGGCGAGCAGGGUGUCCUGGUCAAGGACAUCCUGGCGGCGGAGAAGGGCCUCAAGAAAGCGGGCGUGGACGCCACCGCGGAUAACGCGGACACGUCUGACCAGGGCAGCACCGGUAUCAUCCUCAAGCGCCUGGGCGGCAAGGCGGCCGGUGCGGGUGCGGCCGCUGCCGGGCCUCGCGCACACGACCCCUCCAGCGUGCGCGAGCUGGUGCAGAAGCUGUGCCACAGCAGCACGCCGCUGGCCAAGUCGAUGGACUACUUGCAGGAGGACAUUGAGAACAUGCGCAAGGAGUAUAAGUUCUGGCUGACGGAGAAGCGCAUGUACCAGGACGAGCUGGCGCGUGAGCUGCGGCUGCAGGGCGAGGCCGCCAACGUGGACGCGCAGCUGGCGGACCUGGACGGCCAGAUUAAGCAGGCGCGCGACCGCAUCAUUGGCAUGAAGGGCCAGAUCCUGCGGAACGACGAGACGCUGGGGAAGCUGCUGGCAAUGGCAACCGCUGGGCGGUAAUGGGACCAAACAGUGAGCAAGCUGGUCACAUGCGAGCGCAGCAGUGGCUGCGUGGCGUUGGCAAACGUGAAGGUUGCCAGGUGCAACAGGUCGCCAAGUUAUGGAAGGGCACGUGAAGUGACAUGACACAGACAAUGUUGUCGGGCAGACCUAGGUUGGAAAAGCUUGCAAAUGGGUUGGCGGUAAUGGGACAUGUCUGUAAGGCCGGGGGUGUGGCCGGGGUAGUAAUGCCGAAAUGCAUUACGACGAGGCACCAGUAGACUCUUUCGUGCGUAACUUGUACAUACACGUCAUCACGGUGCGCCCGUGGGGAUGCACUCUGCACCUGCUGCAAGAGUGAUGCCAGGUGUUAAUUGUGGGGCCUGUAACCAAUGCCCGUU